AUGGAAAUUGAUCCAUGUAUCUACACCAGCUCUGCAGCAAAGCUUUGCGAACUCAUUCGCCAGGGAAGACUCACGAGUACAGAGCUGUUAGAAGCGUUUAUUGCAAGGGUCGAAGCUGAGCCACACAUCAACGCCGUGGUAGUGAAGCACUAUGCACCAGCCCGUGCUCGUGCAGCUGCGGCAGACCGAUGCUGGAGCGAGAAUAGCGGAGGCCGGUUGUGGGGCCGCUUGCAUGGUUUGCCAAUGACAGUGAAGGAAGAACUGGUCGUGGAAGGCAUUUGCGAAGGACGGGUGAACGGUCUGCAGGCCGAUGUACCCAAAGCCAGCUGUGCAGCGGUUCAACGGCUUCUUGAUGAAGGCGCCAUAAUCUUUGGUAAGACCAACACGCCAACAUGGUGCAAAGACUGGCAGACAUUCAAUGAUCAAUUCGGUCCAACUCCAAAUCCCCAUGACCGUCAGAGAAGCUGUGGCGGAUCUUCCGGUGGGUCCUGUGUGGCUGUGGCUUGCGCGCACUCCCCCGUGGAGCUGGGAGCCGAUGUGGCUGGGUCCAUUCGGGUUCCAGCUGCUUUCUGCGGGGUCUUGGGCAUGCAAGGCACAUAUGGACGGAUCCCAACGGCCCUUUGGUGCCAACCUUUGCCUGCCAGGGAAGAGCCGGAGACGCUGUGUGUACCGUUUGACACACCUUUAAUCGGCGCGCACGUCUUCAAGGUCAUAGGCCCCAUUUGCAAAUCCGCGGAGGACUUGGCGCUGAUGAAUGCAGUGCUUGAGCGGAUCCCUUUGGUAGCUCCGGAGGCCGGGGCUUUUCGACUGGCUCUUCUCUCCGAGGUUUGUCCCAGCGACCCUCUGGAACCCAAGUUGAGCGAUGCAGUUGAUGUUGCCUGGUGCCGCCUGCGCGACAAGAUGCAACAGGAGUAUCCCGAUGCGCCCCGAUGGCUCGUGCGAACGGUGCGCAAGAAGUUUCCGGAAAACUUUGCACAAGUCAGUUACAACCUAUAUCAGCAAAUAUUGGCAGAUCCAGACUUCGCUCUUCUUCCAGAGGCAAGCAUUCGCAGACAGUGGUGUCAGGCUGUUUGGAACGCUUUCUUCGAUGCAAAUGGCAUUGACGCUGUUCUCUUGCCCAUAAGCCCAACGUUGCCCUUUCUUCGAAAUGAGGUCGCUGGUACAGAUGCAUACACACCAGACAGAAUUCUUUGGACCAAUGAUUCCCUGACAGGAGAGUCACCUCAGCCACGAUGCUCUGACGAGUAUUUUUACUGGCCGCAUUUCAGCAUUCUGGCGCAGUUGCCCUCUAUCAGUGUGCCUUGUGGAAUUGUGGAAGUUCCGGAUGUGCUUCCUGGAUGUUCUCCCACCGGUGCCCAGCCCAUAGUUGCCAUGAGUUCAGGCUUCCGAGACCCGGACGGAUCCGAGGCGAAGCCAUGCGAGGUUCCAGUUGGUUUCCAGUUGUUGGGCAGGCCACACUCAGAUGCAUGGCUGGUUGGAAUGGCAGCAGAGAUCCAGCGGAUUGCGUCCAUUUGA